AUGGCAAGUUGUCGAUCUAUCCAGCCUAAUUCUGGGCAUAAGCAAAAUUUAGAGCACCGCGCAGCAACUGCAGUUUCUACAUUACCACGCAUGAAUGGAGUCAAUAUCGCCGGAUUAGAAUUCGGCAUCGACACCAACGGCGGGAAGAGUGGGAGCUAUGUCUCACCACCACUUGACCAGAUUCCACAUUUCAUUACCGGUAAGGUCAACGCCCUUCGAUUCCCUAUUGGCUGGCAAUACAUUCAGGUAAAUGAUGUCUCUGACAAGGCUCCGCUGGAUCAAGCCUAUCUUACACUGUUGGAUAAGUAUGUGAUGGCAACUACAAAAUUGGGGGCAUUUGCUAUCAUUGAUCUUCACAACUACGCAAGACGCGACGGAAAAGUUGUUGGUCAGAGUGACCUAGGUGCAGACACCUUGGUGGAUCUGUGGACUCGGUUGGCAGCUCAUUAUAAGGAUCAACCAAAAGUAUUGUUUGGAUUGAUGAACGAGCCUCAUGACUUGACUAGCUCAGUAUGGUUUGGAGUCAUUCAAUCUGUUGUGACCGCAAUCCGAAAGGCGGGUGCGAAUAACAAUAUUCUUCUUCCUGGGAACGCUUACCAGCAUUUGGCAACUUUUGCGAGUGAUUACAACAAUGGAUUAUCUGCGAUCAAGAACCCAGAUGGCUCGCACACAGGACUCAUUUUGGAGAUUCAUCAAUAUUUCGAUCAAGAUGGAUCCGGGACCAGUACUCAAUGCACACAAGAUCACAUCGCAGAGCUUCAAUCUGUUGUUACUCUAUUAAAGAAUGGUGGACGACAAGUAUUUAUAACUGAAGCGGGUGGUGGUAACACCAAAUCUUGCAGUGACAUUGUAUCGAAGUUUGUCACAGCAGCCACAAAAGCAUACCCUACCGUUGUUGGAACCUUGGUUUGGGCGGCGGGUUCCUUUGCUGCGGUAUGUCCUUUUCUUUGCUAUUAG